GAUGUCCGUGGAGGCGCAUGUGCUGUUGGCACUUCUAGUGGAAAGUUCCAUAAUGAAAAUAAGGAUGAAAGUGCAAAGUCCACCCCAACUCUUCCAAAAGUAGAUGAGUUUGGGAGAGUGGUCAGAGAAGGUGCUAGCGACAGUGACUCUGAUGAUUCUCACCAUAGAAGGCAUAGCAAAAGAGGCAGAAGCCGUAGCUGGAGUCGAUCACCUCCUGGUAGGAGGAGGCAGUGGCGACGGAGAAGUCCAAAAAGGAGAAGGGAGAGGCGAAGCCGAUCUCGCAGCUGGUCUCCCAGACAUCGAAGAAGUAGGAGCAGGUCCCCCUCAUAACCAUGCAGGUGAGUUCAUGGGUGAUCGAGUGAGACGGGACAAAGGUCAAGUUCCAGACUGUUUUGAUUUCCUUAGAGGCAGGUGCUACCGUGCAGCGUUUUGUCGGUAUCGACACCAUGAUAGAGACGAGGGUGAUGGAUCUAGGCACUAUAGGAGGAGCAAACAACAGUACCUGGAAAUGCAUCCUAGCUCAAAGAAAUCUAGUGUUGUAGAAGAGAUCAAGAAUAUUCCUCUAAAAGCAUCAGAUGCUAAGCUUGAAGAAAUCAAUAUGGAUAUGUCUUGUGGCAGCUUUGGUGCGACAGAAAGUGGCAACUUUGAGAGUGACACUCUGCAAUCCUUUAUCCCUCAUACAGCUGGUCAACUAAUUGAUGCUGAUGUAACUAAAUUUGAUAGUUCUAAAGAGGGUGCCGCUAAAUUUCCAGAGAGGCAAAGUAUUCUAGAAGAGCCAAAAGAGGUUAUCGUGCACAGUUGUAACAGUUUUAUGAAAAAAACAGAAUGUCAUCACCCAUUUCUUCUCAAUGCAGUUUGUCCUUCGAAAUUCUCCGCAUUUCAACAACCUCAACCAAAUCUUUCAGGUGGAAGGGUUCAGAAUGCUGAUCAUCCUCAGACAGAUAACUUGUCUAUAUCUGAUUCAUCAGCCAAUGGAAGAUCAUCAACUGCCCUUAACAAUCCUACUGCAAGUGAUAUUCCAAUUGAAACAGAGAAUCUACAUCUUUCUGCCCAGUUGCCCCCUCCUCAGCUCCAGCUCCCAUUCUCACAGGGCGUGAAUGCUCCUCAUAUGGAACAACCACCAAAGGAUCCUGGUAAAAGUUUUCCUCCUUAUAUGUUACCUGGUCAACAAUCAUUCUUCUCUGUACCUUCAACUUCCCUGCCACCGCCACCCCCACAUCAUAAUUCAAAUGUAAGAAGUGCAACCCCUGGUAUUUCUUCACAAUUUCAGCAGGCUCACUUGCCUUCAAGAAAUAACAUUGAUUCUCAAACUUCUCCAGACCCUACACGAAUGAGUUGGCUACUUAUUCUCAAGUUGGUGAUUUUCCGUACAGAUCUUAUGCUACUACAAGUGAGUCUCAUCAACCUUUCUUGCAUGCAGAAGAUUUUAGACUGA